GAGGCGAGGGUGCGGGAGGCGAUGGAGGUGAUAAACGGCAAGUACGGCGCCAACACCGCCACCUUCCUCAACGACGACGUCAAACGAGCCAACGCAGAAACCUUUCCGACUGGCGCGCUCACACUCGAUAUUGCUUUGGGAGGAGGGCUGCCCAAGGGGAGAAUCGUGGAGAUUUACGGGCAGGAGAGCAGUGGCAAGACUACCCUCGCUCUGCACGCCAUCGCUCAAGUGCAGAAGCGCGGCGGCAUAGCGUGGGUGGUGGAUGCGGAGCAUGCGUUGGACCUCAAGUACGCGCGGCAGCUGGGCGUGCAGACGGACAAGCUCAUUCUCUGCCAGGCGGAGGAGGCUGACAAGGCCCUCGAGAUUGUGGACACGGCGAUGAGGGGGCUGGCAGCGGACAUAGUGGUCGUCGACUCAGUGCCCGCGCUCAUCCCCUCGCAGGAGCUCGAGAGCGAGAUGGGGCAGGAGUCGAUAGGGCUGCUGGCGCGCCUCAUGUCCAAGGUGCUCAAGAAGCUCAGCGCCAGUGCCAGCCGCUCCAAGUGCACUGUCAUCUUCCUCAACCAGAUGCGCCAGAAGAUCAACACGGGAGGCUUUGCCUUUGGCAGUCCCGAGACCACCACGGGGGGCACGGCCCUGCGAUACUAUGCCUCUGUGCGCCUUGACCUGCGCAGUGUUGCCAAGAUCAAAUCCGCCAAGGACGAGUCAGAUGUGGGUAUUCGCGUGCGCUGCAAGGUGGCCAAGAGCAAGGUGAGUCCACCACUGCGCACAGUGGAGUUUGACUUGCUCUUCGGCACCGGCAUCUCCCACGCGGGCUGUGUACUAGACUGUGCGGAGGAGCUGAAGAAGGUGGAGCGGAAGGGGUCCUGGUACAGCUUCAGGGACGACAUGCGGGUGCAAGGGCGUGAGAACGCCAUCACGUUUCUCAACGACAACCCCCACGUCUGUGACGAGCUGGAGCAGUUGGUGCGCGAGCAUGUGGCACCGGUGGAGGAGGAGGUGGUAUUCGAUGAGGAGAGUGACUUGGAACCGCCACCCUUCUCUGAUGACGAUGCAUACCAUGGGGCAGACAGGGACAUGCGGUAG